AUGACUUUCCCUCGAACCCCGUUCAUAGACAGACUAAACAGCUUCUACUGCCCCAACGACGACGAGCUAUCCACACUACAGACUCUUCUUCCCGGGCCUCGCGCUCAAUUACUCCAAAUCGAGGGGGAGAUCGCACAUACGACGAAAAUACUGGAUGAUUUGAAGGAGCGGCGAUAUGCUCUCCGUCGCUACAUAUUCUCGCACGAGUCGCUCCUCGCGCCAAUCAGACGGCUCCCUCCGUAUCUUCUCCAAGAAAUCUUCCUCACUUGUCUACCAACCGAACACAAUGCUGUUUUUGACGCGGCUGCGGCGCCACUGCUGUUUGGGAGAGUUUGUCGAUAUUGGCGACGGCUGUCCCAGGACACACCGCUUCUAUGGAGUCGCUUUCUUGUCAGCGGCGACUCUAACUCGCUGUACUAUCCUCGCUAUGACACACUACGGUCUACUGCCCCGCCGUUCUCCGCGCAGCUCAACCGGUGGCUGGGUUUUAGCCGUGAGAGUCCGAUCCACAUCUCGUAUAUCCAACAGGAUGUUGUGGUGGGCAGACAGGAAGAAGACACUCCCCUCUUUGCCGGUCGCAAGCCUGAUUUCAACUCAACCAUGUUGCCAGUUCUCCUCGAUGUGCGCAGCCGCAUCCAAAGCCUCGAUGCCUGGAAUUGCAACGUGACGUUCUUCCACUCCUUGCUAUCGCAAAUACCGGACGAGAUGCCGCUCUUGAAGCAUGUCCGCUUCAUUUGCGAUACCUACGGACCGCAGCCUCUAUUUGAAAAUGCUACACUCCUCCGCCAUCCCAAUCUAGAAACGGUCUCUCUGGUUGGACCCAGUGGGAGCCCACUGAUGAUUCCACUUCCCUGGAAUAAUUUGUCCGAGCUUCAGCUUCUUUGUCAUCCUCUCAACGACGAUACACUUGAAGGAGGAGUGAACCUCAAUGACGUUCAUCAGAUCCUCCAUUGGUGUCCACAGUUGAUUCGCUGCAAUAUUGCCGUCACUCGCCUGGGCUUGUUAACACACUCUAGUCCGGUGACGCUUUUGUCUUUGAAGGAGCUUUUCCUGUGUUCUAUGAGAUACUACCAACCGUCAUCUACCCCCACAAUAUUCGAAAUCGAACCCCUCCUGCAUCUUCUCAUCAUGCCUAAACUGCAAGCAUUUGGAGCAGGCGUGAGCAUCAUUCACAAGCUUUCCCCGCAAUAUCUGGCCGCACCUGGCGAACAAGUUGCGGAAUUCGACGUUGACUCGAUUUCGAUCACCACGAUACUCGGCGUUCUGCGAGAGCUGCCGCAAACGACGACGUUGAGGCUAAUCGGCCGGGAAGGCGAAAGUUAUGGUGGCUGGGGUCGGCGCUGGCCAUUAGACGGGACGUUCUUCGAGGCCGUCGAGCGCGAGAAUCUAGGUUCUCUCUUGCGGCACUUAUAUCUGGAGCUGAUGCCGAUGUCAUCCGAUCUGGCAGCCAGCAGGCUGGUCCCGUUCCUGUACUCAUGCCCAUCCACACUCCAAACCAUAACUCUGCGUGUCCCGACAGCCGAUCCAGACACACCUCUCCCUAUCAGAGACGAGCUACAAGAGCUCGAGAAUAGGGGCAUCACAGUGCAUCUGCGCUAUGCACUACCACAGGCGUCGCAGGCCAGAAUGUUCAGUCAUGAUUGGUACGACGACUUUGGUGACAGACACUCGGAAGAAGAUAUAGAUCUCGCAUAUCAACUUGAAGACGAUUAG